AUGAACUACUAUCUCCUGCUCCUCGCCUUCGCCGGCCUCGUCAUCGCCUUCACCCUGGCCACGAUGGGCCUAAGCUACGCCAUCCUCCUCUCCGCCUUCAACGUCUACGUCCUUUUCCCUCCCAUCUUCGUCUGGAGGAUCCUCCUACUCUUCGAGGAGCUCGAGAUCGACCCCUUCGACAUCAUCCGUGGCCUCGAAUGA